AUGUCCAACCUUUUCAACACGCAAGAUGAAAAUUGGCACAACCAGAAUAUCUUACCAAUCCGCAACUUGUGGCGGAUGACCAAAGUACUAGAAUAUGAGCCGUUGAUCGAUGAGACGUUGAAGGAGUUUGUGGACAAACUUAGCGCCAAGUUUGGUGGAGGCCAGGUUUGCCCUGCUGAUGAAUGGAUUGGAUAUGUUGCUUGGGAUGUGACUGCGAACAUCAGUUUCGGACGGCACUAUGGGUUCAUUGACCAGGAGAAAGAUGUGAAUAGCUUAAUCACGGACUCGACCAUGGGUCUUGAAUAUUUUGCCCCCGUUUCUCAAACUCCUUGGGUUGAUCAUCUCCUAGACAAGAACUCGAUUCUUCGCAUUGGCCCUAAACCCACCCUCACAGGCGUGCUCUACGCCUUCAAGGUCAAAGCCGGCACUGUGGACCACACUCUGGAUAAAUAUGUUCAACUCAAGGAGACCUACCCUGACAUGGUCAAUGACGUCCAAAUCGUCAACUGGCUUAUGCUGAGUAUCCUUGCGGGGGGAGAUACCACCUCUGCCACAAUGCACGCUGCUGUCUACUACUUGGCCAAGAACACAGACGCGUAUCAGAAGCUAGUCUCAGAGCUUUCGUCUACUUCGCUGGACUUACCCGCUCAAUGGAAAGACAUCCGUGACUUGCCCUAUCUGGAUGGGGUCAUCCGCCAAAGCAUGCGCCUUAACCCGGGAAUCGCCAUGGUCUUCGAGUGCGUCCCACCGGAAGCCGGCUUUACGUUGCCUGACGGUCGGUAUAUUCUAGCGGGAACCAAGGUGGGCAUCAACCCUGGUGUCACGAGCCGGGAUUACGCCAUCUUCGGUGAAGAUGCGGAUGACUUCCGGCCAGAUCGCUGGUUGAGACGAGAUUAUGAGACUGCUGAGCAGUACGAAGAGCGCCAUAGGCGUAUGAAUGACACAUGUGACUUUGUGUUUGGAGGAGGCGGACGCAUCUGCAUGGGCCGGUACCUCGCCGUGUUGGAGAUCACGAAAUUGAUCGCAACUCUUUAUAGCACCUUUGACCUCCGCCUAGUUGAUCCCAAACACGAGUGGACGUAUCGAAAUGCUUGGUUCGUUUACCAGAGUAACAUGCCUAUGACCAUCACUCGUCGUGACCAGAUUUGA